CUGUGGAUGGAGAGAGGAGGCGGGCUGAACUGUGUUUGUUUGUAACUUUUAUCAUUGUGGAAUAUUGAUAUUAUUCAUACUGAUACUAGUGAUAUUUACAGUAAUAAACUCCAGAUGUUUCAGUCCCUACACUAAUCACAAUUAUGCUCAGUAACAUGUUUUUGUGCAGAACCAGACUGUCUUAUAAAACACCACAUAUCUGCUUGGAACAGGGGGCUUUUAUAUUUUAUGAAACCUAGGUAUCCAAAACAGGAGCAGGCCACUGAUGGUUAAAGAUGUUGUGUGUGAUUGUGUCCUGUGAUGGGGUUGGUGUCCCGUCCAAGAUGUCCCCCGCCUUGUGCCCCAAGUUCCCCGGGAUAGACUCCAGGCUCCCCUGCUACCCUGUGUAGGAUAAGCGGUACGGAAAAUGGAUGGAUGGAUAAUAAUAAUAAUUAUAAUAAUAACACAACAACAACAACAACAACAACAACAAUAAUAAUAAUAAUAAUAAUAAUACGCUGUUGUUACAUUAAUAGUUAUAAACAUGAUUGUAUUUAUAAUUAAUGUCAUUAGUUUUAUUUAUAAUAAUGUCAGUGACUGUAUUUGUACAGUCUUUGGUCGAUGUCGAUUGAAGCUGAAUGACUUUCUCUUUUUUUUUUAAAAAAAAAAAACAGACUUUUAUUAUGUAAAGAAAAGAAAACGCGAUUCGAGGUUGGGACCCGGAAGAGAACGUUAGCCCGCUGUUGUCUCGCGUGGGAGGUCAAUGAUAGUGAUUGAAUCCCAAACAACUACUCCCUCCCUACAUCUGCGCACUACAGCAGGAUUGAAAUAACGGCGUUUCUCACCUUAUCUAGUGCACUUGGUGUAUCGUAGGGCGGUGUUUGGGACGCGGCCUCUGACUGAGCGACACGCACCGGGGCAGUGGAGCGGUUUGCUCGGGUUUAAGGCCUCUUCGUCACAGUGCCAUGGCUCCAACUGCCCUCCUCCCAUUUCUAUAUCGUACUAGGACUCUGAGCUCAGCCGCAGCUAGACAUUCCUCCCAAAUCCUUCGAAGGACCAGCACGGAGUUGCGUCAUGGUCCCGUCUGUGUCCUGUCCCACCGGAGGAACGUGUCCACGGAGGAGGCUUUGAGCCACAGUGUGUCGGAUCUGACGGUCAGAGAGAGGACCGUGCUCGAGCGGCUGUACGACGGGCUGGUCAGGGGUCAGAGGUCAUCGCUGGCUGAGUGUAUAACGCUGGUGGAGACGCAGCAUCCUCGGAAGAAGGAGCUGGCCCAGGUGCUGCUGCAGAGGGUGCUGGCGUACCGGCAAGAGCGCGAAAGGAUCGCAGGAGGGAAACCGGUGGCCUUCAGAGUGGGUUUGUCUGGUCCUCCCGGUGCUGGGAAAUCCUCCUUCAUCGAGGUGCUGGGGAAAAUGCUGACGGGAAAAGGCCACAAUGUCUCGGUAUUGGCUGUGGACCCUUCUUCGUGCACUACUGGAGGCUCGCUGAUGGGGGAUAAGACACGGAUGACAGAGCUCUCACGAGACAUGAACGCUUUCAUCCGGCCAUCGCCGUCUUCGGGCACACUCGGCGGGGUCACGAGGACCACCAAUGAGGCCAUAGUCUUGUGUGAGGGAGCAGGUUAUGACAUCGUGCUCGUAGAAACAGUGGGUGUUGGACAGUCUGAGUUUGCUGUGGCUGAUAUGGUGGACCUCUUUGUGUUGCUGAUUCCACCAGCAGGAGGCGACGAGCUACAGGGAAUAAAGAGAGGUAUCAUCGAGAAAGCCGACCUGGUCGUGGUCACGAAGUCAGACGGGGAUUUGGUCGUUCCGGCACGCAGGAUUCAAGCCGAGUACACGAGCGCGUUGAAGCUGCUCCGAAAGAAAUCUAAAACCUGGACACCUAAGGUGAAGAGCUUCAGUUAGAGUUCUCAUCAGUGACCGUGGCUUAGUUGUUGGCGCAACUGCUGGGAUUUUCAUACACCGCAAUCUCUGGAGUUUACACAGAAUGGAAUGAGCUGACUGGAAGACUGCGGUAACUCAGAUAACCACUGGUUACAACCGUCAUGAGCAGAAAAGCAUCUCACGAUAUGUCGAAGCUUGAGGCGGAUGGGCUACAACAGCAGGAGACCACAUCAAGGUCUACUCCUGUCAGCCAAGAACAGGAAGCUGAGAGUACAGUGGGUACAGGAUCCGCCAAACUGGACAAUUGAAGAUUGGGAAAAACAUCGUCUGUCUUCAAGUACCCAGUUUCGAUGAUUCUGUGCCCACUGGGCUUGAGCCUGUGCCCAUGAAUAGAAUAUAAAUAUUGAUGGAAGAUGGAUUUUUUUUUUUCUUUAAGAUCAACAUUGGCUCUGUAACAGUCUUGGGAUCCUAUCGUCCUUACCUUUCUUCUUUAUAAACUCGUUCUAAUCUAUCAGGAAAUGAUGUUUGUCUUGUUGUUCUGGCCCUGUGGCCAGCAGUGGAGGCUGUUUCGGAUCGGUCCUGCUUGAGACGCUUCUGCUCGGCACAUGUGGUCCGCAGAUGUCAGCCUGAGCCGGAAACCCGUAUCCCGUCCAGAAUACGUUAAACAGUCCAGGGCUGCUAUUCACAGAGCGUCUCAGUGAUGGAGUGCUGAGCUCCGAGGACAUUCCUGCCUGUGAAUACUCGCCUUUAUACCAGAGGACCGAUCCAUCGUCUUUGAUUUACACUGGGGUUGGGAUGCCAGCAGCGCUAACACCACACAUAACAUUUUGCUAAACGAGGGACUUUUUUAGCAGCUCGCAGCUGUGGUAUCCGCAGUCCACCCCUAUUCCUUCACAUUUUCAUCACACUGAUUGAGCUUAGGGGUUUAUGUAUGUAACAUGCUGUAAUGUCUAAUUCCCAGCAUGCUCUACUCUGCCUUUUGGACACAUGCACGCAUCCCUUUUGUCUUCUAUCCCCACAGCAGUACAUCUGCCUAUUGGCAGCGCUCCAGCAUGGCAUUUCACUGAUUAGAGGCCACCCACUCGCAUGAGAAUCGCUCACAUCUUUGUCUCCAUAUCCACAGAGGGCUCUCAGAGCAGCAUCCCUUUCAUUCAGCCAUAUUGAUUUUUUUUAUUUUUUUUUCCCCUGGUCUGAAGACUUUCCAGCCCUGUAGUUCAUCAGUCAUUGAAAUCGAGAAGGCCUGUGUGGGUGUGCUUAACCUUCUUGCAUGUCCAGCUUCAUCAGCGUGUUUAAAGACGAUGUUAACUUUAUCCUGUCGAAGUAUUUCUACCACGUCGCUUUAACAUGCCGGAUGUGUAUCUCCGACCCGUUCGUAUCGGAAUUUUGACAAGCGGGAGAAAAGGUCUUUCCUUCGACAUAAGCGUAAACGCCGGCGGCCUUGCAUGUAUCAUCUGUUAAAAUCCUCAGCUCACGUGUCGAAGCGAAACGAGCUGAAUCUGCAAAUCAAUAUUUCAUUUCCACGCGGAGUCUGGAAAAAUUAGCGUGAAAAAUGUUCUGUUUUUCUGCAAGCUACUGUCGAAAAUGUUUAGUCAACAUUCCGUCUUUUUUUUUUUUUUUUUGCAUACAGUGAACCCAUUUCAAGGUUCACGAACUUUGUCAUAUACACAAGCUUCCUUGACGACCGCGUGGCUGCACAUUGCUAAAAUUACAGCAGUACUUCCUACAUUUGAUGUGACAGAGUUGAAGUCGUGCAUUAAUUGCCAUUUGAAAUUCAAAUAAAUUUGAAUUUAUUCAAAUAAAUGUAAUUUUUUCAAAGAAAUGUGACACCCUAAAGGGUUCUUCAGCUGGAAAAACCAUUGAAGAUAAUGUGUAGAACAAUACAACCAAAGAACCCUUGAUAAAAUCAUCUUUUUCUCAGAGUCCACGUUAUAGCGUCAGUAUGACUCUCUCUCUCUCGCUCUCUUUCUCUGUGACGUCAUG